AUGAAUUAAUUCUUAUUUUCCUUAUUGAUUGUCACUAUUCACUGUGGCUAAGAGUAAGGUAGUUUCCUAUAAGAGAAACAAGAUAACCAAAUAUUCACCAUAAAGUUAAAGGAGACUUAAAAAAUUGUGACAGCUAAAGAAAUGUAUGAUUUUCUAUCAACUAAACAAACUUAUUUUCGCUAACAUAUUCCUAUUGACAUUUCGGAAAUAGAAUUUGGAGGAUAUGUUCCUAAACUACAAGAAAAUGAGAAUAGGAAGAAAACUUCUUUGAAAUUACACAAUUUCAGGAAUACUUAAUUCACUGGGCCUAUAACAGUAGGUGAUUAGGAAUUCUAAGUGAUCUUUGACACUGGUUCUGCAAAUUUUUGGAUCGACUCUACUAAAUGUAAGAAUGAAGGAUGCAGAUAACAUACUCAAUACCAACCAAGUUUGAGAUCGAAGCAUUUGGGAUAUGCUCUGAAUGUUGAAUUUGGUACUGGAGAUUUGAAUGGGGAAAUUAAUUCAGAUGUUGUUCGCUUAGGAGAAAUAGAGGUUGAAGACUAAAAUAUCGCUGAAAUAAUUGAAGAAAAUGGUUCAGUUUUUUAAAAUGCAGGCUUUGAUGGCAUAGUGGGCUUGGGCUAUCCCAGUAUGGCAGCUUAUAACUUUAACCCAUUGUUUGACAAUAUAAUGCAAGAGAAGAAAUUGAAAUCUAACUAAUUCUCAUUUUAUAUGAGUAAUUAGGUCAAUAGCUACGAAUCCUAGAUUACUUUUGGUGGCUAUGAUGCUGCAAAACUUGAUGGGGAAGUUCAUUAUCAUCCAGUCAUUGAUCAAUACUAUUGGAUGAUAUAGGCUGACAAUAUUUUGGUUAACGGCAAGGAUGAGGGAUUCUGUCCUAAGGGUUGUAAAGUAGUAGCUGACACAGGCACUUCAUUAAUCACAGGUCCUUUUGAAGAUUUGAUGAAGCUCUUGGAUUUAACUAAUAUUAAUGAUGAUUGUUCAAAUUUGAAUGAGUUGCCUAAAUUGACAUUUAGAAUUGGCGGAGUUGAUUAUGAUUUAGAUUCGAAAGAUUAUAUAAUGGAAUUGAGAGAUGAUGGUACAGAAAUACCUCUCAAUAAUGAUGUUUCAGCUUCAGCAUUUAUUCAAGGAACCUCUAGUAGAUGCAUAGGAGCAUUUAUGCCUUUGGACAUACCAGAUCCACAAGGACCUGCAUGGAUUUUGGGAGACAUUUUUUUGACUAAAUACUUAAGUAUUUAUGAUCGAGAUGCAAAUAUGGUUGGAUUUGGAAAGGCCAAACAUUGA